AUGCCCCACAUGCUACCUGCAGAGAGUGAGAAGCUGGCUGGGGUGACUGAUAGCCGGGGCAUCCGGGCUGCACCAUCCACACAGAGGGCUGAGGACUCCAGUGAGAGCCGGGAGGAGGAGCAGGUGGCAGAAGGUCAGGGCCCAAACAUGCUCUUUCCUGGCGGUGCUGUAAGACCACCCCCCCUGAACCUCACUCGUCAGAACCCCCCAUGGCGGGAAGAGUACCAGGGACGCGUGAACCUGCACGUAUUUGAGGACUGGUGCGGUGGGGCCGUGGGCCACCUGCGGAGGAACCUGCACUUCCCCAUGUUCCCCCACACUCGAACCACUGUGAAGAAGCUGGCCGUGUCCCCCAAGUGGAAGAAUUAUGGACUUCGGAUUUUUGGCUUCAUCCACCCUGCCAGAGAUGGAGACGUCCAGUUCUCUGUGGCCUCAGAUGACAACUCCGAGUUCUGGCUGAGCCCCGAUGAGAGCCCAGCAAGCGCUCAGCUCGUGGCCUAUGUGGGCAAGACUGGCUCAGAGUGGACGGCACCUGGAGAAUUCACCAAGUUUAGCUCCCAGGUGUCCAAGCCCAGGCGGCUCAUGGCCUCCCGGAGGUACUACUUUGAGCUGCUGCACAAACAGGAUGACCGAGGCUCAGACCACGUGGAAGUGGGCUGGCGUGCUUUCCUGCCGGGCCUGAAGUUUGAGGUCAUCGACUCUGACCACAUCUCCCUCUAUACAGACGAGUCGGCCCUGAAGAUGGACCAUGUGGCCCACGUUCCCCAGUCUCCUGCCAGCCACGUGGGGGGACAUCAGCCAGCAGAGCCUAGUGCGGACAUGCUGCGCCCUGACGCCCGAGACACGUUCUUCCUCACUCCUCGGCUGGAGCCUGGGCGCCUGGAGAAUGUGCUGGAACCUUGCGCCUACGCCCCCACCUACGUAGUCAAGGACUUUCCCAUUGCAAGAUACCAGGGUCUGCAAUUUGUGUACCUGUCCUUUGUGUACCCCAACGACCACACGCGCCUCACACACAUGGAGACGGACAACAAGUGCUUCUACCGGGAGUCGCCCUUGUAUCUGGAAAGAUUCGGGUUCUAUAAAUACAUGAAGAUGGACCAGGAGGAGGGGGACGACGGGGAGGAGGAAGUGCAGCGCAGAGCCUUCCUCUUCCUCAACCAGGAGGACUUCCUGGAUGACGAAGAGGAGGGGCGCGGGCUGCUUGACAGCCUGGAGCCCUCAGAAGCAACCGGGCCGCAGAGCCGGCACCCGUCCAUGGUCACCACCAGGGCCACUCCUUGGCCACCAACGCCAGCUGAGCCCCGUGACACCGGGCCCCGCCGGCGCUCACGGGCAUUGAGCUGGGCCGCCCGGGCACCACUGCAGCCGCUCUUCCUGGGCCAUGCUCCGCGCCCCCACCCCAAGGCCCAGCCACCGCCCCCCAAGGUGUACGUGACGCGGGUGCGGCCAGGGAAGCAAGCGCCACCCCGGGCCCAGGCACCACUCAGACACCGUGGCCCACCCUGGGCCCCCUUCCCUGGCGUUUUUCUCCACCCCAGGCCUUUACCCAGGGUGCAGCUGCGGGCGCCACCACGGCCGCCCCGGCCCCUUGGCCUCAGGACCGGCGUCCCCCUGGCCCGGGUGCAGGCCACCCGGGGACACCAGGCACGCACACCGGGCCUCCCGGCGCCCACAGGAGACUCGAACUUGUCGUCCGAGGCGCGGCCUGUGACCUCCUUCCUGAGCUUGUCCCAGAUGUCCAGGCCCCAGCUGCCAGGCGAAGAGGAGGAGGAAGAAGAAAGGGAGGAAGACGGGGCCCCAGGUGAUGAGGCCACUUCGGAGGACAGCGAGGAAGCUGCCCCCGGGGGGCACCACGGCCGCUGGCCAGAGGACAGCAUUGACUGGCAGCGCACGUUCAGCGUAGCCGCUGUAGACUUUGAGCUGCUGCGCUCAGACUGGAACGACCUGCGCUGCAACGUGUCGGGGAACCUGCAGCUGGCCGAGGCGGAGGCAGUAGACGUGGUGGCCCAGUACAUGGAGAGGCUCAACACACACCAUGGCGGGCGCUUCGCACUUCUGCGCAUCGUGAACGUGGAGAAGCGCCGCGACUCGGCGCGCGGAAGCCGCUUCCUGCUGGAGCUCGAGCUGCAGGAGCGCGGGGGCGGCCGCCUGCGCCUGUCCGAGUACGUCUUCCUGCGGCUGCCGGGGACCCGCACCGAGGACGCGGACGGGGACUCGGGGAGCCCUGCGACCGCGCCCGCCGCCGCCUCGGCGGGCCCCGACGGCCGUCCGGAGCUCUGCCGCCCGCUGCACCUGGCCUGGCGCCAGGACGUGAUGGUGCACUUCAUCGUCCCAGUGAAGAACCAGGCGCGCUGGGUGGUGCAGUUCCUGACGGACAUGGCUGCGCUGCACGCCCACACUGGGGACUCGCGCUUCAGCAUCAUCCUGGUGGACUUUGAGAGUGAGGACAUGGACGUGGAACGCGCCCUGCACGCGGCGAGGCUGCCCCGGUACCAGUACCUAAGGAGAACCGGGAACUUCGAACGCUCAGCAGGGCUACAGGCAGGAGUGGACGCUGUGGAGGAUGCCAGCAGCAUCGUCUUCCUGUGUGAUCUGCACAUCCACUUCCCUCCCAACAUCUUGGACAGCAUCCGAAAGCACUGUGUGGAGGGCAAGCUGGCCUUUGCGCCUGUGGUUAUGCGCCUGGGCUGUGGGAGCUCACCUGGGGACCCUCACGGCUACUGGGAGGUGAAUGGCUUCGGCCUCUUCGGGAUCUACAAGUCGGAUUUUGAGCGGGUCGGGGGCAUGAACACCGAGGAGUUCCGUGACCAGUGGGGGGGCGAGGACUGGGAGCUCCUGGACAGGGUCCUCCAGGCAGGGCUGGAGGUGGAACGGGUCCGCCUUCGGAACUUCUUCCACCACUACCACUCAAAGCGGGGCAUGUGGGACACACGGAGCCAGAAGGGCUCCCAGACAGACUGA